CGGUCAGUCUAUUUUUAAAAGCUCAGGUUGUGCUAAACUUAGAUCCGCCCAUUGCUGUUACCACCGACGCUCCCCCGCCAGCGCCUCAGACGGACCCUGCCCGCGGCCAAGGGGGCUGGGGAUCGGCUCGCCAGUGGCAACCAAACCAGAACUUCGCAGGGGUUUUCCCACCCCCCGAAACCCACCCGGGCGCUGCAGCUUGUGUCUAUUGGCCGCUCGCUCCCCAUUUACCUCCCCACCUGGGGGAUGUUACUUCGUUCUUAAUUACUCGGCAGGCGGGAUCUCCCCACCGAGCGGCGCCUCUUCCUGCCGAUGGGGGUGUUCACACCGGUUGCGUGGCUCGGGAAAAGCUGAUCCGAAGUCGGGUUUGUGGCAUAAUUUGGAUCAUGGCGCUGGAGCUGACUAUCAUCCCGAGACGUUUCCUCUGGUUUCUCCUAGCCCAUCACUUUAUCGUGGUCACCGCGUGCCAUGAAGCCGACUAUGGCCAGCUGAUCGAGGAUUACUGCCUAAGCCAGUUUAAAUUUGAAAUGGAAGUGAUCGGGCAGAAGCUGUGGUGUGACUGGGAUGAGACAGUAGGCUCCUACGUCGAGCUUACCAACUGCACCUUCCUGAUAGCCGAGAAACUAGCUUGCUUUUGGCCGAACCAGCUGGUGGACGAGUUCUUCAUAGCCAUUCACAAGCACUAUUUCAAAAAUUGCUCCCUCUCUGGGAGAUCUCUACGCGACCCACCGAACAACAUCCUAUACCCGUUCCUUGUGGUCCCCAUCCUCAUCACCCUGCUCAUGACGGCACUGGUGGUGUGGCGGAGCAAGCGGAGCGAGGGCAUUGUGUAAGCUAGCGUGCCCCAGGAUCUCACUAAAUCAAUCGAGACCUAUCUUCCUGUGGAAUAAUCCCUCUCUGUCAGACUCAGCAAGCCCUUGUGGAAUCAGCAGCACGUUGGAAGCUUGGUAACCCUAAGGCAAAAUGUGGAGAAAGAACAGUGCACACUUGACGUUUAACACUGUCCUGACCAGAGAGGUGCGCUGUACCUAUAUACAUUUCCUCUGGAUAACAACCCUUUAUUCAGGCAGAGAUGACAUGCUUUGGACUAAUGCCACUUCUCAAUAAUUACUCUCGGUCACUGCAGCACUUCUUGCAAACCAAUUACUUGGUCAUUUUAAAAAUCAUUUAUAAAGACAAUUAAUUGAAAAGGUAGUUCUAUAUGUAACAAUUAGUGUUUAUACACUUAAUCAGUAAUCAGCCACAGGAUGGAUCGGUUGAGGUACCGUUCUGUAGACAUCUAAUUAUUAUAAUUUAUUUCUUGCAGAGUUUUGGCUUGAAUGCUUCUGAAGUCUAUCAUUGUUAAUUAAAGGAACCCUUGAUUACUUUGCAAA